AUACAACAAAUUCGAAGAUGUCUGGAAGAGGUAAAACCGGCGGAAAGGCAAGAGCCAAGGCAAAGACCCGCUCCUCCAGGGCCGGGCUCCAGUUCCCCGUGGGCCGUGUCCACAGGCUGCUGAGGAAGGGCAACUACGCCCAGCGUGUCGGUGCCGGCGCCCCCGUCUACCUGGCGGCCGUGCUCGAGUACCUCACCGCUGAGAUCCUCGAGCUGGCUGGAAACGCCGCCCGCGACAACAAAAAGACCCGCAUCAUCCCGCGUCACCUGCAGCUGGCUGUCCGCAACGACGAGGAGCUCAACAAGCUGCUCGGCGGAGUCACCAUCGCCCAGGGCGGAGUCCUGCCCAACAUCCAGGCUGUUCUCCUGCCCAAGAAGACCGAGAAGGCCGCGUCCAAGAAGUAAACACGGAUUCCUGACAACACAACACAACGGCUCUUUUAAGAGCCACCCACUUUUUCUGAGACAAACUAAAUCCUCUUAGAAUUUUUUCUUAUACUAUAAUAAUAUUGAUAACAGUAGUAAUAGUAAAAAUUAUAAUAAUAAAUGACUGAAUCACAGUUGUUGUUCUUAGUAAGUUUAUAAACUCAGUGAGAUAUACAUAAGUCUAUAACCUUUUCUUUUUCAUAUCUAUCUAUAUAAAUCAUUACAAAAAAUUAUGUUUUUUCUCACUUAUUAGUAAUGUGUUGGACUGGGUGACCUGUAAUGUUACUUAAUAUAUGUAAGACAAAAAUAAAAGUCUGAAUUAUUUAAA